AUGAGAAUCUGCGGAAGAGCUGGCAUAGCUUUUGCAGAGGAAAACUGUGACUCAGGCAUCUGUCAGAGUUCUCUGGAGAUUCAAGAGGCACUUGGACUUGCUAAAGUUACUGUGGAAGGGCCCUUAUGGAGGGCUCUUAAGGAAAUUAAGUUGCCAUGGGUGAAAAGUGUAGGUCUUGGGGUAGCUGAAGAGCUAGAAGAUAGGUCUCAGUUUAUCAAGAAGUUUUACAAUGAAACUUGGGAAAGAAGAUAUGGCUUCUCAGUGGAUGAAAGCACACUGACUCUCCUCUGGUCCAUAACUGUUUCUAUUUUUGCCAUUGGUGGCCUUGUUGGUGCCAUUAUUGUUACCCCAAUUGUGAAGUUCUUUGGACGGAAAUGUACGUUGCUGCUCAACAAUGUGUUUGCAGUGACAGCCGCAUUGUUGAUGUCCCUCUCCUUGUUGGCAGGGUCAUUUGAAAUGCUCAUACUGGGCCGUGUUAUAAUGGGUGUUGAUGCAGGCAUUUCUCUGAGUGCUCUUCCCAUGUAUUUGAGUGAAAUAUCUCCUAAGGAAAUCCGUGGUUCAUUGGGUCAGGUCACAGCAAUUUUCAUCUGUAUUGGUGUUUUCACUGGUCAAGUUUUGGGGCUGCCAGAAGUAUUUGGGCAAGAAUCUCGGUGGCCUUAUUUAUUUGGAGCAAUCAUUGUUCCUUCACUGAUACAAGUUGUGAUUCUGCCUUUUCUUCCUGAAAGUCCUCGUUACCUCCUACUUGAAAAACAUAACACAAGCAAGGCAGAAAAAGCGUUUCAGACCUUCCUUGGGAAAGAUGACGUGUCUCAUGAAGUAGAGGAAGUUUUGGCAGAGUCUCGAAUCCAAAGAAACACCAAGUUAGUGUCGGUACUUCAGCUCCUGAGAACCCGUGCGGUGAGAUGGCAGGUCAUUACCGUGGUCAUCACCAUGGGCUGCUACCAGCUCUGUGGGCUAAAUGCUAUCUGGUACUACACAAACAGCAUCUUUAGUGAAGCUGGGAUCAAUCAUAAGACAAUCCCCUAUGUUACUUUAAGUACUGGUGCUGUUGAGACUGUGGCUGCUGUUUUUUCUGGCUUGGUUAUUGAGCGGCUAGGACGCAGACCUCUCCUCAUUGGAGGUUUUGGGUUGAUGGUUGUCUUCUUCGCAGUACUUACUGUCUCUCUGACGUUACAGAAAACCGUGCACUGGCUUCCUUAUCUCAGUAUAUUUUGCAUCCUUGCAAUCAUUGCAUCGUUCUGCAUUGGACCAG